AUGCCAAAGAAUCCCGUCGUCGAACUAAAUGAUCUCACCUUUGACCGUGUUGAAUCAAGGGCCAUGAUCGGUAUAUUCACGGCGACCACGGAUUCCGUCAUUCCUGUGCCCAUAGAGGUGGAGGCUACCAUCAAGUACGGGACCGCAAAGAUCGGUAGAAUCAAAAGUCAGGUGGGAAGGGAUCGUAUUCUCUUUAGGAGUUCCCCUUACUCACGGAUCAACCAGACAUUAGAUUUUUCCAACGGUAGCCGCGAGCUUGAGCUUGAAGCCCAUUUCUUUGAAAACGGGACAAAUCUCAAUUCCGAUGGCAUGAAGUUUUUCAAGGAGUACUUGACUACCGAGAACGAUAUCCCUCUUAUCCUCAAUACGACCUCAGCACUGGAACUCAAGGCGCAAAUUAGGGGAAUCGCAACGCUGGGCGUCACAGGUAUCACUGCUUGGGUGCGAUUAGGCAUUUUAGGAGGUAACGCCGACUAUACCAUCACCAUCAAACAUCCUCUUCAACAGUUCAAAAUGGAAAUCGUGAAGCUCAAUUUUGUCGCAACGGUUGGAGGAGAUGACCUUCUCGAAGGGGGUUUGGACAACUUCACCGUAGAAAAAGGUGUAGCUGAAGGGAAAACAGACCGGACACAUGCAAAACUUUGUAAGAACGUGUUGACCUCACUUUGGGACAUAUCAAUGUAUCCCAAGGUCAGUGUCGCAAUUAGGUCAGCCAAUGUGAAGUUUGAUGGAUUACCCAUAAACGGCCUGCAAUUUGAUUUCAAGAACGUUGACUUCAAUGUGGAUGGCCCUGUGGUUGGAGCUUUGCCAGCAGGGCUGGUUACCAGAUUCCUCCCUUUUAAUAUGUGAUUUUAUCUGUGUAUCGAGAGCGAGGUCUCAUCCAUGUAUUACUUAGCUACGAGUUGGUAAUAUCCUUUCACUGUUCUCCCAUCUCACAUAUUUGUCCAUGAAUCACGAUAUCCGUUACGAUU